UUAAUUCUGGACCAACAUCAUAUUUAGCCAUAUAUGCGUAAUAGGAACCCGAGACUUUUUUCCUGUAGCUAAAAUGACUCUGCGGCGCAACUACUUUUUGCAGUGAUCAUCAAAAAGCGACGAGAGGUAUCCGUCACACAACUCGCAUACUUACUAUCCACGCACUUCCUCCUGCAUAAAUUUUCCCAAUAGCUAAGAUCGAAGCUGCCUCGUGUUUAGAUGGGCCAUUUGAUGCGCGUUAAAAGAAAUCUGACAGAUGCACAUGAAGUUAAAAUUAAAAUACUUUCUCGUUCAUCGUGUUUGCCUGCUCGAAAGAUCUAUUUUAACUGCUGCCUGGAGCAUCAAAUUCGCCAAGAUGUGGUUCGACCAAUGCAGUAAGUGUCCAACAGUUUUUAAAUUCACACGUGCUCCACUUGUUUAGAGGGUUGCUAUGGCAACAAAAUUCAAAACAGAAAUUGACGUCUGCACGAAACUCCCAGUGCUGUGCGUUAUGAAAAUAAGCUCAGUGACUCGUGCGAGCGAUAAACAAGCGUACAAUUGUUUAAUGUAAAAUGCUUCAAAGCGAGUGAAUCGUUUAUUUUGUCGCGAUCGUUUACGAUGGAGAGCCAUUUGUCUCCUGGGUUCAAAAAAUGGAUGAAAAAGUGUCUGAGUGACGAGUUUUCCAAUGCCAUCGAGAACCACUUGAGUCGCGAGCUCGAGCCCUACGACGUGGCGCAAAAAGUCAUCAACUCUCCGCAGAUGACGGAGCUCGGCCAUGCACUCAGGGCGUCGUUCAUCGAACAAAUCGAAGGGUCGAAAAAAUUAUCAUCAAGCCAAGGAAACUCAGCGGGCGUUACCGCCGAAUGUAAUGAAACGACAAUCGUUGCCGUCGCUGCUCCAGAAUCCUCGUGGCCUCAAACAUCUCUCUCGUUCGUGAGCGACUUAUCCUGCGACGAUUGGUCGCUGCUUAGGCAAGAUUACGGCAGUGGCGGCGGCGGAGACAGCGUCGGCGAAAUCAGACAGAUCGUCGAUCGCAUGAGCUCCGAGCGUCCGGAUCACGUGCGGCUGUCCGGCUACGAGGCUCUGCUAGAGAAUCCGGAGCUGCUGCUGGCGGCGCAGUCGUCGAGUGGCGGCGGCGGUGGCUCGGGCGACUGCUGGCCGGCCCUGCUGAAGACGCUGCGCGACGGCAUAGUCGAGGGCGGCAGAUCGGUGUUCGAGGCGAGUCUGCGAGCUCACGCGAAGCUCAUGACGAACUGGGCCCGAUUCGGCGAGACCUACGCGAAUCUGCUGAGCUGCUUCGAGCGGCUGAGUCGGGCCGCGAGGCCCUUCGAGGCGCUGCCGAGUCAGCUGAGCGGCCUCAACUUCAAGAUCUUCCUGCACGAGAAGCUGCUGCGAGUGCUGAGGCUGGCGAUAGACCAGCAGGAGGAGCUGAUCAAGACGACGCGGCCGAGCGACAACCGAGCGAGCGAGGAGGCCAUCGAGCGCUUCGUGGAUCGGCUCGGCGACGGCGGCCAAACUCAAGCGGGCUCCUCAGCGAGCCGGAGCCAGCUCAGCCCUCUCCAGCUGUUGGCCGUGCUGGAGCCCCGGGCGGCCUGGUCGCGCCGCUGGAUGCACAGCUCGCUGACGCGCAAGAUGCUCUGCGGGGCGAUCGGCAAAUCGGCGAGCUUCCUGCCGGCCCUGCUCAGCCAGGCCAAGCGCGGCCUCGAGCAGCCGCCUCGGGGCGUCUCGGUGCUCCUGAACGACGAGUGCCUGCCCGCGGAGGCCUUCGUGUCCGGCGACUCGGUCGAGACGCUGGCCUUCCUGCACAGCCUCGGGCUGCUGGUCCAGCUGUGCCGCCACUCGAUCGGCCGCGAGCUGCUGCGCGACAAUCUCGACGAGGCGAGCUUCGCCGGCCCGGCGGACCUCGCGCUCUCGCUGCUGGCCUGCCUGAACAAGCUGGCGAGCUCGGCGGCGAGCGACUCCAACGGCAUCUACGAGGCGCUGCGCUCCGACCUGAGCCAGUUGCUCGGCAGCUCGGCCGUGCCGCCGCUCUACGACGCGCGCCUCUACCCGGCGACGCUGAGGCCCCUCGUGGCUCCUCCCCGGGCCGACCCGACUCGCCGACUCUGGCCGCAUAGCCUCGACGUGCUGCGACGCAUGCUCGACGCGACCGACGGCCCGAGCUUCCUCGUGAGCGAUCAUCGCGAUGCGUCGGCGAGAAACGACAGGAGCGACGAUUGCCCGGCCCCCGUCGUCGCCAUCCUCGCCUACGCUUCCAACGUGCUGCGCCAGCCGCUCGCGCUUCUCGCCAUCGAGCACGUGCUGCAUCUCUUCGGCUUCCUCGAGCAGCUCUUCCAGCUCAACGAGAUUUUCUACGUCGUCGAGGAGAUCCUGCGGGAGAGCUUCUAUCCUGGCGCGACCUACGUCUUCGGCAAAUUGGACAAGUACUACGUGGAGAACGAGAACAAGACUCAACUGCUCGAGAAAGCUCUGCGAUCGAUGCUGCUGAGCAUCGCCUCGAUACCCCUGGGCCUGCAGAUGCUCUCGAACGAGCCCCUGGUCUUCGAGGAACUGAUUCGCGGCUCCAUAGCGCCGCUGCGCGCCUCCUGGAGCGCCUACGAUCGGGUGGCCUUCGUGGCCAACUCGGGCUUUCUGGCCCGCGGCGUCGACGUGCUGCUCGAGCUCUCGCCCCACGUCAUGUCGACGCUGCUCCUCGAGCUCGCCAACCUCUUCCAAGAUCCGCUCCUGUUUUACGAUCCCUGGGAGCAUCGCCAUAUUCGAGUCUUUCUACACGUGCUCGCCAUUUUUUCCAUCAACACCAACUGCUUUGUCGCUUUUAUGACAAGCGAGAAUAACUGCAACAAAGAAGACGGUCAAGACGAUCCCACCAACUUGUACGAGUUUUUUCAGCAUUUUAUGGACAUUGACUCGGUCUAUCACCAGCUGGGCCUCAUGUCGCUUAAAACUAUCAUUUGGAAUUUGGACCUAUAUUUGUACAUGCUCAAUUUAUUGAAUUUCCAAGAAAAACUGUUGAAGUAUCAAGAGUACAGCCUGAUGAGUCAGGAAGAGGGUGCCGAUCCGGAGAAAGCAGCGGUCUACAUCACCGACGAAUCUUCCCUGCUGCGCCAUCAAAUUUUGCUCAACGGCUACACCGUGCGACUGAGGCGCAGCGAAAUUCUGUCGACGCCCGAAGAGGCGAGACUGUUCUCGACACUGCCACCGCCUCAAGGCUGCUGCAUCGACGACGAACCGAUGAUCGUCGCCGCGACCAAGCACGCCAAUAGAGGCGACCGGAUCGACGAGAACGAAGAGGAGGAGGAGGAGGACGAUAACUCGGAACUCGGACUCUGGCUGCGAGACACCGGACCGGGUUUGCGCGACGAAUUCUGGAUAACUCAAACCCGACGAGCGCACAAGUCCUCGCCCAACGCCAUGAAGCACACAGUUUUUCUGGAGCUGCUGAAUCAAAUGGAGCAGGCGAUACCCACCGUCGAGUGGGUGGAUCGAUUCAAGUGGGAUCCGGAGUUGAGCUGCGACAACGACGAGUACUGGCUGCCGGAGGAGAAACUCGCUUUGCAGCUGGUGCUGCAUUACGGCCACGCGCGAGGCUUCGUCGUCGAGAGCGACGACACUGAAAAGAAUCUGAAAACAUUCAUAAGGUCGACCCAUGACUACAUCAAUUACAACAAAUCUUCGAUCUUCGAGGGUUUCGAUUGGUUCCUGGCCACGAUUUUUCUCGUCUGUAAUGCAGAUCUAGAACGCUCAAAAGCUUUCGUCAAUCAAAUAUUACACUUCCCGUCGGCAAUGUUUUUAUGGCCGGCCUUGGCACAAGUCAUCGACGACAAUAACGAAGAAGAAGCUUCCACUAGACUACUGUUUGCUCACCUCUUGGAAUACAUCGUGGCACUCGAAUUUCCAUCAGCCAAAUUUGCUUUGAAAAGAGAGUGUGGCGUCGCUUGGUGGAUGAUCUGCGACCGACUGUUGACCCAAUUCUUUUGGGGGAUACUGCCUUGGAACGAAAUUAUACACUUUUUUGCCGUUUGCAUUAUGCACCCACCAGAUUUUAUUCUGUAUUAUUGCGUAUCGUUACUUAACCACUGCGAAGCUGAUGUGAUAAAAAGCAUUACGGAAGGAAAAAUGUGGCCUGAAGAAAUGGUUCUGGAGGAUUACAGGUGCCACAGUCAGAUAGGAUUUAUGGAUCGCUUGAGUAAACGACACGGCGGCAAAGUUCUUCCAUCUCUGACUCAGAGAAAAUUUAAUUUUCCAGAGGGUAUUGAGUCCAAAGAGCGAGGAGACGUUUAGUGGCAUGGUCAAGAGCUAAAGAAUUUGGAAUGAAUAUAACAAUUUGUUAAUCUUUUUAUGUAAACUGAGCUCUGGCUCAACCUAUUUUUUGUACAGAUUUACGAAUUAAUUAAAAAACAAACAAUUUCCCAUCCAA